CGUUUGUUAACCGCCAAUAAAACUCAAAGAAGAAGAAGAAAAAAACGACGCUCACAAACCCCCCUAAAUUGUAGCAACUGAAACUAAAUUUUGUCUCUAUGAAACACAUUUUUACCUGAAACCAGACUAACUUUGCAGUUAUAUUAACUUAGACAAACGAAAUAACUUGCUCUAAUUAACGACAACGAGUUACAGCUAACGAUACAUGAUAACAACAAUAUUAGCUAGCCGCUAGCUAGCAUUAGCUGUCAGCAAGCCAACUAGCUAACGUCAGCUUUUAGCUUUUGCAAAUAAUUCUGACGUUGCUCGAGUUCAGCGACAACGUUUAAAAGCCAAAAACAAUGUCGGACGACUAUGAGUUCAGCGACGACACGACCAUGAUGAGGAUGGAAGAGGACGGGGAGGCAAACAGCGAUGAGCCGAUGUCUGCAGCCGGGGACUGUGGCCCGGUGGGGGGCGAGGCCGAGGGAUCAAGAAUUGACGCCAGUAAAAACGAGGAGGAUGAGGGUAAGAUGUUUGUAGGAGGGCUCAGCUGGGACACGACUAAGAAGGACCUGAAAGAUUAUUUUUCCAAGUACGGGGAGGUUGUAGACUGCACUUUAAAACUGGACCCCAUGACUGGCCGUUCACGGGGCUUUGGCUUUGUGCUCUUCAAAGAACCAGACAGUGUUGACAAGGUUGCCACACAGAAGGAACAUAAACUCAAUGGAAAGGUCAUUGACCCCAAAAAAGCCAAAGCCAUGAAGAGCAAGGAGCCCGUCAAGAAGAUCUUUGUUGGUGGUCUCUCUCCAGACACUCCUGAAGACAAAGUCAGAGAGUACUUUAGUGCCUUCGGAGAGCUGGAGUCAAUUGAACUUCCCAUGGAAAACAAAACCAACAAAAGGAGAGGCUUCUGCUUCAUCACAUUCAAAGAGGAGGAACCAGUUAAGGGCAUCAUGGAGAAAAAGUACCACAAUAUUGGACUAAGCAAGUGUGAAAUAAAAGUGGCAAUGUCCAAGGAACAGUAUCAGCAGCAGCAGUACUGGGGAGGCAGAGGUGGCUACCCAUCCAGGUCUCGAGGAAGAGGCGGUGGUCCCAAUCAGAAUUGGAACCAGGGUUAUGGCAACUACUGGAAUCAAGGCUAUGGGAAUUAUGGCAAUUAUGGUUACAAUAAUCAAGGAUAUGGAGGAUACGGUGGCUAUGAUUACCCUGGUUACAACAACUAUUAUGGAUAUGGUGACUACAACGAUGAAUCUGGUGGAUAUGGCAAGUCGCCGCGGCGUGGUGGUCACACCAACAGUUACAAGCCAUAUUAACGGAGGAAACUCAUCUUCAAGUAGCGGAGCUUCCUUGCAGGCCAUGAGCUGACUCCCAGAUACUCUCAGGGCCCGCUCAAUGCGGACCGGGUACGAGAAGCAUACGCUCUCGAAUGCUGCCAUUUGGUAUGGUCUUACAACAUCCUGUAUCAGCAUUUCUAAACUAAACAAUAUGGGACAAUUCCAGCUUUGUCAUCUUUCUUUCCAUUUUACUUUCUUUGCAACUGUUUUUUUAUAAUGUAAAACUUAAAAUAUACACAUGUAAUUGUCAUUUUUUACAGGCCCUUACUCCCCCCACAAGUAAUGAUUAUCAGUAUGUAAAAAAAUAACUUAUUUGCUUUUCAAAGGAUACUACGUACUGCAUUCUCUGGACUUUCCAGUUCCUAUUGUUAAUAUAUGCAUUCCUAAUCUUAUCUAAAAUGCUUGUUUCUUUAUUUAGCUCUUGUAGCCAGUAAGUCCAUGAGCUAAAACCUGGUUCGUAUUUGGACGAGACUGUGUUGGGGGGGGGAUAAAGUGCUUUACUUUGUGUACAUGUAUUGCUCUGUUUUGUCUUACUGACAGCGAUGGAAAAAGACUCCUCGUUACGUUAAUUUUCCUGUAACAAAUUUUCCCUUUUAUAACCUUCUGUAAAAGAAAGAAGUUUCCAGAAAUUUGCAUGUAAUGUUUUCUUUAAUGUGUAUUUUUUUUUUGGACCGAUCGAAGGUUUCUUCCAUUUAGUAUUUUGACUUCUUCAAUUUAUUGCACUUCAGGAUUUCUAGCUUAUGGACUAACUAUUAUUUGUUGUUAUUUUAAACUGUAAAAUAAUUGUUCUCAGUUUUUUUAAAUUGUUUUUUAUUUUAUUUUUUACAUUGGACAUUAUAAACACGGGGGAUUCCUGUUUUUAUUUAUAGUUUUAGCAGGUUUUGGUUCAUCUAUAGCUGAUCUGUUUUGUUUGUUUUUCGUAGGUUUCAGAGUGAUGAAAGACAGCAGAGCGCUGGUGGAGCGUUGGCCAGAGAGAUGAUGGUAUCCAGCAAAGAUCACUAGCUGAUUGUAAGAAACUCAUGAAGAGCACUAUGACCUACACUACAUUUCCUCUA